UGAAAUCAGAGGAGAAUCUUUCGAUGGAGAAAGGGGUACAGAGGUGGGUGGUGGACGUAUCAAAGUGGAACCCAUCUCCCAAUUACUUCUCUUUGGCCCUCUCUCUCCUUCCUCACCAUGAACAAUCCCCCAUAACCAGGAAUUGCAGAGAACGAACCAUAUAAGGAAACAUUUAUAUGUUAGAUGUUAUUUUCUUUGAUAUUAGAUAUGUGCGGAUGGAAGAUAGAAAGCGAGCGCUUGUGAGCCGUCUGCUUCAAUAUGCUCUUGUACAUGAGUUGUUGGGAAUCCGUUAUGGUGAGAUCAUCAUAAACCGUACUUUGGAAGGCAAACCCUAUCUGGAAUGUGAUAAAGUUGGCAUUGAAUUUCCCAACUUUAAUUUCAAUGUAUCUCAUCACGGUGAUUUUGUGGCAAUAGCAUCUGAACCUCUAUGCCUUGUGGGGUUGGACAUUGUUUGUUGUGUUACUCCCUGCAAAGAGACAAUUCAGGAAUUCAUUCAAAACUUCUCUUCAUACUUUUCAAGUUUGGAAUGGGAUAAUAUAUUAAGUGCUGGAACUUGUGAGGAAAUUCUGGUCGAGUUCUACAAAUAUUGGUGUCUGAAGGAAGCGUAUGUGAAAGCCAUAGGGAGUGGACUGGUUUACGGGUUGGACAAAGUCGAGUUUCAUCACAAUAACUGGACCAACAUAUUCCUUAAAAUUGAUGAUGUACCCUUGAUGGAAUGGAGGUUUUGGAUUUUUGAGCUGGGAAAGAGACAUUGGGUUUCAGUUGCAAGAGGUCCCCCGAGAUCGGCUACUGAAAGUUACAAGAGAACGUUAAAUAAGGUAGAGUUCGAUGAAGAGGAAUACAAUCAGGGUCUUCAUCUUGCAAAUGCAAGUUUUGUUUGGAAAACUGUGGAGCAACUUGUUCAAGUCGCAUAUGGUGUGAAUGGUAUACUUGAUGAGCAAUCUGCGAGGACUUGUUCCUGAUAGAUUAAAAGACAUGUCCCAUGCCCUAUCAAUCAGAUACCAAAUUUGAAGCCUCCCAGGCAUGUUCCUACAGCAAGAAAUUGCUGAUCACCAGUGUCUCAAGCAGUCAUCAUCAUUGUCAUCAUCCCUUGUUAGUCCUGCAAAACCACUUGUUGCAGACUGAACUGUUAAAAUGAUAAAAGAGAGACGAUGAUGCGAAGAAGGGAAAAGCUUCCUGGAAACAAUUUAUGGCAUUUCAUGAAUUGCAUUUUUCUGUUGCACAAGAAGUUUGGAACCAACUGUGUACAGAAUUAGGACAUCUUGUCCAUAACCUAAAAUUAGAUGUAGCUUAGUUCUUAAUAUAUGGAAGGUAGAGAUUUUUUCUUCAAA